UGGCUUUUCGCAGCGCCUAUGAGACUAGCGGAAAAAACAUUUUUACGAUGCAUUUACAACUAGCAGUGCAGUAACUGGCUUGUUCUUGCUAAAGUUAUUCAUAAAUACCGCUAUGAUGAUUCUCGAUCACUUUGAAGAGCUGAUAGAAGCGUUUAGAGGAAGUUUCCCCGUACAUUUAUUGGUUUUCAUUUCGCUGUUUAUUAUCAUUUCGCCCGCCAGCCCUGUGCACGCUGCUCACGAGUUCGCCGUGUACCGCAUGCAACAGUAUGAUCUUCAGGGUAGACCCUAUGGCUGUAGGAAUGCACUAGUCAAUGUAGAGGCACGAAGCAUCGACGCAAAGUCCAUAACACGGCGGUGUCUUGUGACAUCGCUACAGGACUUUGCUGCAGACAAGUACAAGUAUGCUCAGGAGCAAAAUGCUGCAGGCCUUCUUGUUCUCCUGCCACAGAAUCUGUCGUCUCUGUCAUCAGAGGAGCAAGAUCGCCUGCUUCAGCUAGAGCAAGACUUAAUGGAUGAAGAAACCAGCAUGCCUGUCUAUUUCACCACAGUCACUGACGAGCUGUCAGAUAUGUUCAGCGACCUCAAGCGUGGUGCGGGACACGGCAGACAGGCGACUGCUGUCGAGGAGAUGCUGAGUGCUGUGACAGGAAAUGGCUUUCAGCUUGUAUUCAGUGGGCAGCAGGCAAAAGCACAACCUGACUUUCAAGUGUUUAACAUACAGGGAAAGUUGUCUGGCCUUGGAAUAGAGGAAAGGCUGCCUACCAUUGCUAUAAUAGCUCAUUAUGAUUCGUAUGGAGUAGCGCCAGGGCUAGCUACUGGUGUGGACUCUAAUGGAAGUGGUGUUAUAGCCUUGCUAGAAAUUGCCAGGCUAUUUGGCAGGUUUUAUGCCAAUGCGAAGACACAUGCCAAAUAUAAUCUGCUGUUCCUGCUAUCUGGGGCAGGCAAAUUCAACUACCAGGGAACAAAGCACUGGAUUGAAGAGCACAUUGACACUGGUGCCACAGAGGAGGCUACGCUUCUGUCUGACAUUUCGUAUGCACUCUGCCUCGACACCAUCGGCAGCGGCGCCGGUCUCUCUCUACACGUGUCCAAACCACCUAAAGAAGGCAGCCCAAUAGACCUGCUGAUGAAGAGCCUGCAGGACUUGAUGCAGCGCCACGCCCCGACAAAGCAGAUCAGUCUCGUUCACAAGAAGAUUAACCUCGCCGACGAGUUUCUCGCGUGGGAGCACGAGCGCUUCAGCAUCCGCCGUCUGCCCGCGAUGACGCUCUCCAGCCUCCAGCGCCAUGACGACCCACGCAGGAGCACGAUCCUCGACACGAGAGACGGGGCGUCAGUGUCACUGCUGGCCGACAACAUCAGGAUGAUCGUCGAAUCGCUUGCACGGCACAUCUACGGCAAGACGAACGACUCCGCCCCACUGGAGGUAUUCAGCGAAGAUCAAAACAUUGAGAUGAGUGUUAAAGGAUGGCUGGAAUUUCUGUCGUCAAAACCUAGAGCCCAGCAACUAAUAACAAAAGACCAUCCGAUACUGACAAGUCUUUUAGCUGCAAUGUCUAGACAUCUUAGCGAUGUUCAACUAAUACCAUUCACUGCUGAAAAACGCGAUCCAGAAUUUGUAUUCUACAGUGGAAUAUCAGGAGUAAUGGCAUCCUACAGUGUGAAGCCUGCUCUGUUUGAUCUGUUCCUUGCUCUAUGCAUUGCUGCCUACCUAGCAGUUAUCUACCUGCUCAUCUCAAACUUUGGCAUGGUUCAGGCAGGCUUGAGGAAGGUUCUAGGUCCGGCUAAGCUGAAGCGGACGUGAGCUUGCUUGCACGCGUUCACCGGUUGUGUGGCCUCACGGCAUGUGCGUGUGGAGGUAGGAGACCCCCAUCGCUACAAAGUGCCACAAGGUUUCGCUCAUGUCGCCAGCGCGCGAGACGGGAGCAGCAUGUGGAUUUUUUUAAUCGUUUUAGAAUACGGGGAUAGCAAACUUAUUAAAUUUAUAUGACGUUAUAAGUUUAAUAUAUACGGAGACGCACGGCGACAUAUGUGACAAGGGUGAGUGCGGCCAACUUUGCGUGGACGGCAAAUGAUAAUAGGUGGUGCUGAUCCCAUCGUCGGUAAACGUUUUGCCUUUACCCCACAUAGCAAGAGUACUAAGAGCUGCGCGAUGCUUCCUGUGAGAAGGCCACGGGUUAGUAAGAGCUACUCUACUUCAUUCGUUGUGAAAUAUUCGAAUUCUAUUUCAUCGUAAAAGGUGAACGGCUAGAAUGUUGUGGUCAUGAGAGGAAGUGGAAUGUUAUAUUUGAAUUUGAAAAUGCGUUCAGGAGCUUGAUGCCUGUCUGCGCCCAGCUCUUAUGUAAAGAUGCUCCUUGAACAAACAACACUAAAUUACUCUAUCACCUCAAACAUCACAGUUUCCUACCUAGAUACAGCUAUUCCUGAACCUUGUUUCUUUAGGAGUCUCUGUCUGUUUUUGUACUUUUGAACCCUAAUUCUAUACCUGUGUGUUCUUUGGAAAACCAUGUGGUCGUUGUGCACUGUUGUGUUCCCAUUCUAGUACUUUUUAUUAGCUACAGUUAAAUAUUGGUUUUUAACAGUACUGCCUAAAUUGCUCUGUUCAAUAUCAAUGAUGUUUAUUCUGAAAAAGUGGUUUGGAAAAUUUCCACUUCCAGCUCUUGGUGUGAAACAUGCAAGGACAAAUUAACAACACAUGUCAACAUCAUCACAAUCAAUGGUGUCAUUAAUACUAAUAGUAUUCUUUCAAGCCGUUUGACUGAAAAUAGUUUGGAAAGCUUUCAGUCGUGUUGACCUUUAAUUUGUUGAUAAAAUAAUUUUCCCACGGAUUGUUCAUAUCAGAUUGUUUUAUGUAUGUUUCUUAUUUGCAAUGCAUAUCAGCUAGCUGUGUUGAUCAUUUAAUUAUAUGUUGACGCGUUGGUAAGAUGCAAUAAUAUAUUAUUGUUGAUUAAAUGGUCAAGAGUAAGAAAUACUAUAGGAAAUGUGUGCAUGCUUGCCUCGCAGUGUAUCUGGGAUGUUCUCUUUUUAUAUUGAUUAAUUGAUUAUAUUAACUGAAUUGAAUUCAGAAACAGACUAUGUAUGCAAUGAAUUUUCCACACAAGUUGAUAAUAUAGUUGAAAUUGUUGUUCAAAUGUACAU